UUUCUCGGCAGGAAAAGACGCCAUUUUUAGGUAUUAUCGCGCGAUUGUUGGUGAUCAGUCAUACAAAUGUAUCACAUCAACGCAUGCAUAUUGGACUCAGCCAUAUAGUUUCAGGGCAAGCUUUUGGAACCUUGGAGAUAGAACUAUAGAUGGACAAACCAAUGAUUGGGUCGGGAAAAUUAUUGAUUGGUAAAGAUGGGAAACUCCUCAUUCAAGGAGAUGACAAGGUCGUAUCGUCAUACCCAAGUGAAUCGCACAAAUUGGUAACGCAGAAAAAUGCAGAUGGCACAUCGAACAUUUUUAUGGUUCCGUCCGAUGGAGUGAAUAAAGGAAAGUUUUUUCUGGUAAUGCCACAGGAAAAUCAAAAACUGAAAACAAUCGGUGAUGUCUUCUCAUCCAAUAAUGCUUCGAGCUCUCCAGCAUCUGAGACCUUUUCCAAUUCUUCGGAAACUUUGCACGAGAAGUCGGGAUCACAAUUAAUGUCGAACGUGCUAAAGAACAUCGCAAAUCAUAUUUCAUCAGAGUCAAUUGCGCCUGAUGAAAUAGCAUCCAAAAGUGUAGAAAACUCAACAACCGCAUCCAAUUCACUUGCAGCCAUGAGUACGGUAACCAACAUACCAACCUCUUCAGUUAGUUCGUAUAUACUGACUGGCGCAAGUACAAAUGUGAAGCAAUCUCCUGAAUGUGAAUCCCGAACGAGCCAAAAAGAACGUGACAACAAUACCAAUUUUAUGCCAUCAGUUGUACAAUCUGCACCAAAUGUGACAUUAGGUGCUAGCGGUAUUGUCGGUAAUAAUUUAACGACCGAACCGUCCGUAAAUACCAUUCCAGUUUCGCCCUUAUUAAGUAUGCCUAGUUUACCCAUUUCACAGUCGGUCAUCAUUCUUUCCUCUGGCAGUAUUCCAGUGUUACCAAUGAGAACAGGUGGUGAACAGCCACUGUUAGCAGCAUUAAACGCUGCUCCUUUACAGCCCACGAUGACACAAACCUCCAAGACACCAGCGGUGACAACAUACCAUCAUAAGCCAAACAUAUUGAUGAAAACAACGUCAUCUCAACCAUCAACAUUAGCCGCCAUGGUGACCUCGUGUCAAACGACGAUUACCACUACACCCAACAGUGUGUCAUCACAACAGGUCCCAUUAGUUCCGGUGAUAAUCAACACAAACCAAACAUCAAGUACAUCUGCCCUCAACUUUCUACCAAACGCAACGACGUCUGUUCCCACAUCAUCACAAUCACUUCCAUUAUUUCCAGAACUGAGGAGCCAAACGACGACUACCUAUUCACCUACAUUUGUACAAGCCCCAUUGGUCGCUGUUUCGUCAUCAUUACAACAAGCACCGUUAACCCCAGUGAUGAUCGCCCCGAAACCGUCAAUGAUCACCAAUGUAUCCAUCUUUCAACAAACACCAGUAACAAACAGCCCUCUGUUGUUAACUGCACAACAAGCGGCGACUCUCCUUGGCAUGCCGUCUGUACCAGGGACUAAAAUUCCGUCAAACAAUUCCAUCAUUUCCUUUAUGAAGACCAUGAGAAAUGUUCGGGCAACACAUUCUGUAAACGCGGUUAAAGUUUUGACAUCAUCUCAAGAAAGCACCCUGCGUGUUGCUCAGGUACCAGGACUUUCCACUGCUAGGCACAGUUCGGAACUGACUACAACAACAUACUCAGCAUUAACAAGAUCCAACUCUGAGGUCACUGGUGUAGCAACGUCUGUUCAGGAUGGAAAGAUCAUCACACCUGUUCUUGAGUCAGUUGAUGACAAUCCUGUUUUAAAUUCAAACAAACCACAAGAACUUUCCAAUGACCAAGGAUUGACAUAUAACGCAAGUACUAGCUGUUCAGCAACCUCAUGCAAAACAACAGCGGUCUGUGCUGAGAAUACGAUAACCACGAUACGACCUCUUGUGACGCACCCCAAAGUGUCUGAUAUGACACAUGUAACAAGUUUGAGUGGUGCAACACCUAUGUUGCUUUUCAGUCAUAAUGCAGCACGCAGCCUCAAGCCGAAUGGAUUACCCGAUCCAUUUGUAGAACAGGGUUGUAAAGUAACCCCAAUAGCAGAUGCCACGACAACUAAACCAUCGCCCGUGGAUGCCGUUAGCACAGGAUCACUUCCUGCUCACCACCAUGGACUUCCUUCAGUGCUAGAAGUGAAACCAAAAGAAUACAAGCAUACACAAAUUGGUGAACAAAGCCUAAAUAUUAAUUCCAAGAAGUUUACGGUUGUCAGGAUACCUGUGUCCAAAGAUAGCCCAUUACUGCAAAGAGCGAAUUCCGGAAAUUCGACUGUAUCCUUGUCGACAGGAACGUCAUCAUAUAUAUCCACGUCUUGCAACAUAUCUUCCUCUGUCGCUACAAAAAUGGCAACUACAGAAAUCAGCUCUACUGUAUCAAAUAAUAUAAAAGUUAAAAGUACACCACAUCGAACUCUUUUACCUCAGACUGCAAACGCAAAUAAUAUAUCAGGUACCUUAUCAUAUCCCACUGAUUCAAAUUUGAACGUUUGCUUGUCUUCAUUAUUGACACCACCUGUCAAAACUGUCAUUACGUGUGCAGGAAGCACUGAGUCAACAACCUCUCCCCGUGUCGUAACAUCUGUUAUAAGUGACCGUGUAACCGGUCACAGUGAAAGAAGAAGCGCAAAUGACCAACCUAGGUAUCUGAACGAAGUACAUCAGACACCGGCCAAACCCAAAAUCAUAGUAUCCGCGUCUCUAGCAGCAAAACUAAAACGCGAUAACUCUGUUAUGGGAAAUCUAGUGUCCAUUGUCCCAUCAAAUAAUACAAAAAAGACUACUUACCCGUCAAUGAUAUCUUUAUUGACCACAUCAGAUCACGGAUAUACUCGUGUUUGCAGGACCGUGAAUGGUGACAAGGAUGUGAAAAAUGACUCAAAACCAGAUUUGAAUCUGUGGCGAGGGGCUGAGAAAGACACAGGCACUGCUAAGUUAAACAGCACAGUUCAUCCUAUUUUAAAAAUGCCUCGUUCUGACGACUUGCCUAUCCGCAUAGAUUCAGUUUUCUCGUUAUCAGCUGGAGACCAUACUUCCAAACCUGAGUCAGUCUACGGUGCUGAAUGUGGUGUUUCCGGGGAGAAAAACAGCUUGAACAGUACCGAAGAUCUGUCAAACACGAGGAAAAGUGCGUCGUUGAACAUGGAAUUAAGCAGCAAUACGAGUAGUACGGCUUCAAACAUGGAUCUCUUAAAAGUAGACAGUUCGUUCCGUAAUGAAGCAAAUUUUAAUUCUAGUGACGAAUCCAGAAAACAAGGCUUCAAUCCAGAGAGAAGCCCGACCAGUUCGGAGCCAUCUAUGACUCAGAUAUUGAGGGAGUUUGACCAUCUGUCAAACUUCAAUGGAGUCAUUCUCCCAGAUGAAGCGAUAACAGAAUCAAAAAUUUUCUCGCCUUGCUAUGUAGUUUUAGAAACUCUUCGCAUGCAUGGAGGGACAAUGAAAGGCAUAAAUACAAGGUGUUCCAGGACAUGCCGACAGAGGUUUGUUUCCAAGAAGUCAAAUAUUCGUCUGGCUAUACAGAAAAAGAAAGAUGGUUUCAAGCAGGUGGAGGCGAACCUUACGGCACUGGUUCCUGGCAAGGUGGAAGUUAAAAAAAGAAAAGCGCCCAUGACCAGUGAAAAUAAAUUGCCUGGUUCCAGCAUCAAUUCUGAUGGCAUUAAUAUUAAACGAUCACGUGAUAUUUUAAAUGCUUCAUUAGGCACAGCUGGACACAAAGCAAUGAAGAUCAUAGAGAACGAUAGUACAACGAAUGGGAAAAAAGAAGGAAAGCAAAUAACACCCAGCAAUUUGUCUUUGCCAGUAAAAGAUGACACGUCAGAAAGAGUAAAGCCAACCACAUCCCAAGCUGUGCCAGUGGCUAAAAAGCUUCCAAACACAGAAAAAUUCUAUCUCAUACGAGUUGAUGGCAAAACCGUGUUGAUUCCUUGCAUAAAUGCAGGUAGCCAGCCAAAAGCGUUCAUCAUAAAUGAAGAAAAAAUCAAUUUGGCUUCCUAUACUGUUAAUAAAAGUUCUCCCGCAAAUAGUACUUCGCGGCCAAAUAAGAUAGUUCUUCCUCGUGUUUAUACUCGUGUUUCUACAACGUCUUCUAGCACAGCCGCAUCUAGUGUCUGUACCAGUGUAAUUCCAACUACAACAAAGCCAGCACAAGUUCCAACCACAACGCAGGUUAAAGUCAAACCGGAGCCAAUCACCAAUGGAUAUGGAGACGAAAGCGAGGCAGGUAGUCAGCCACCUGUGAUUGUAAAGCAAGAGCGCAUGGACAGGGGAUACUCUGACGAACCGCCGAAACUAGAACGAAUGGAUACUGAACCGCCAAAACGGACAUCGCACGAACUGAAAUCUAAAGAAACCACAGCUCCAGAUCUCACAGCCGAGAAAAUUGUGCCACCAAAGAUCCAGAAAGUUUUGUCAAAAGAGGAGAGAAUAAGUUCUUUGAAAGAACUCUUAAAAAAGCAAGAAAAAGAUUUGGAGGCGAUCAGAAAGCGACGUGUUGCCGAAGCAACACCGAUGGAUCUGGAUUUCUAGACUUGUAGAACAUAUGAUGCGUGUGACAUCAAUCAGUUUGUGACAGCAGGCUACAAGUAAGACAUGGCAGCUGGUAUGUACGACGGCCUAGCGCAGUGACUUUAUGUAACAUGUUAUAACGUGUGACAACGUGAUAGUGUGUGGCAGGUUGUUAUCAAUAUAUGUUUGUAUGACGACUUGUCGCAACCAGUACAUUGACAACUUGUUUGCAACUACUGAAUUACAACUUGUAACAAAACGUGUCUUGCAGCGAGUUAGUAGCUUAGUCUUGUGUUAUAACCUCACUAGCUUAUGCCACGUUGUGACAACUGUUAUGUAUUACAAUUUGUUAUAUCUGGUGUCUUAUAAUUUGUUGGUAAUAUGCGACAACAUGUUGCAAAUUACUAGUUUGUGCCACAAUGUAGCAUCUAAUGUAUGACAACUUGUAACGAGAAGUGCCGUACAACUCGCUAGCAGUGGUAAAUUGUUACAAAUUACUAGUUUGUGCCACAAUGUAGCAUCUAAUGUAUGACAACUUGUAACGACAAGUGCCGUACAACUCGCUAGCAGUGGUAAAUUGUUACAACUUAUUAGUUUGUGCCACGGUAUGACAACUACUGUAUGAUAAGUUGUGACAAAACUUGUUAGUAUUUUUUGACAUUUUUAUAACUAGCGUGUGUCACGAUGUAGGUCACAAAUAUUGUGUGACAAACUAAUUUCUAAUGCGUGUGACUUGUGUGUAACAACAUGUUAUAGUUUUAAUGUGACAGAUAGUUGGCAUGUGACAUAAUGUUACAACCAAUAUGUUGUGACCAUAUGCUAACAGUAUUACAAUUAAACGGGUUAAUUCAAUAGCUAUCAUUACAAUGAGCGUAUGACAACAUCUUAUUACAUGUACACAUUGUAGUAUUACAACUUGUAAGUGAUAACAUAUAAUAACAUUUGAAAUUGAAAGUUGUUAAACAACCAUAACCAGUAAGAUAACGUUAACUACUACUAAUGUGUAACUACUACUAGUGUGGGUUCAACCUCCCUCACACAAUAUAUGUUAAGUGUUUAUACUUCGAUAUUGUUAAUAAACUUAAUUGCACACAUGAAGAAUUGACCUAUGAAAUGUAGGCGCAAUUGGAAAAUCUUGUGACAUAGUCGGUCUUUUCGGGAUGUAUUAUAGAGCGGUGGUGCUGUCCAUCGUUUCUUAAUUUUUCUUCCUUUGCAUUGCGUUUCCCGGAAGCGGAGGUAACCAUUAGUGUGACAUCACAAGGAAAACAGUUGAAUCGUUUACAUUUUAUAGAUGACGUAAUAUUAUAGUAGAGAUUUUCAGUUUGGGUUAAGGUGUUUCUGGUUUAAGGCCAAUGUGGGAAAUCCUCCAUUCUCAUUUCUCGGUAAAUCGGUGUAUGUGAGAGAAUCCAAAAGAUAAAGUCUCUUAAAAAGAGCGACAAAUAGAAUAUUUCCUCGCGUUAAGUGUAAGAUAGGUAUAUUUCAACCUGAUGGGUAAGAUUUCAAAAUGUUCAUCCCGAGGAUUGAACGUUUAACCAUCUUUAUACGUCAACUUUUCAUUUAAAAUUAUAUAUCAUUUAAUUAUUUUCGCUGCAUAUGACGUCUCGAUUCCGUUUCUGCGGUUGCAGUCUGUCGCCUUACCUUGGGGCAAUGUGAAAAUCGGUAAAAUAGAAUAUUUUCUACCUCAUGUGUAUGGCAAAGAAAUGUCAGCCCUCGGGAUCAGAUUCUUGAAUUUUCAAAACUGAGGUUUGCCGCGAGUUUUACAUAAACUUAUCUUAUCCCGAGGGUUGAUAUGUCCUUGUCACACCCUGAAGGCAGGGGAUAAUAUGUCCGCCUCGUCUCUUACUUGGCUAAAAUGAAACACAGGAGUGACAUAUGAACAUCAGCUUUAUCUUUAUGUUGCGGAUCUGGGCUGGGCGAUCGCCGGUGACUAGGUAGCUCAGUUCCGAGUUCUCGGGCUCGAACCCUGAUCUGGCCGUAGUUGUUGUUUUGGGGUUUUUUUCAGUUACACUCAUAACAAUUCGCAACAAUUAUAGUACCUAAGAGUUGACGGAGAAAUCACUCGUCGAUAAAUCAGGAUACAAACUAUUACAGUUUGAGGUAAAUUACUGUCACUACUAGUAUGUAAUGCCGUGUUAUGAAGUAUGUGAGGAGGUGCGUGUGUAGCACGAAAUCACUGUAACUGUGAAUGUGUGACGUCAUAUCGCAAUUCCCUCUGACCAAUCUGUUGUAGAGACCACGUGAUAUACCGAUUUCAAUAUUGGAGUUGUAAAUGUAACCUUAAGAACGCUUAUAAGGUGUUGUGAUGAAUGUUCAUCAACGCAAAGACCGAUAUGAAUAACAUUUUGGUUAGAUAAGAUAAUGAAUGCUAGUGUUCAUCCUUAUGGUAGUAAUUGCUUAUCCUUAUUUUCGAAGAACGUUUUACCUGCCCUAUGUUAUUUGGGUAGUUUUCCUGUGUUUUUAGAGUCGUUUUAUUUUAUUUUCAACGUGAUAACUGGGUGUGUUCAUACUUUAUCAAAUGUGUUUUAAAGGGCUUGGUUGAUGCACAUAUAUAUACAGUUCCCUGGUUUCUGGGGGGUGGGGGGAUCCCUAUUUAACGUUCUAGCAAUCUAAAUAUACCACAAUCAAUAACAGAACAAAAGUUGAUUGUAUUGCAAUAUCAUUACCAUGUUUCCAUUGGUGUGGUUUGUUUGCGUUAAUUAAGGGCAGUUAUAGAACCCGUGCCAUACAUUGUAUAGUGUAUCUGUCUGUCGUAUUGUCUUUGUAGUUAUAAUGGUGGUCGGUAUUGUGCUAACCAACGCCUCCGCCAUUUUAUGGUGAACUGGGAGCUGAUACAUGUAUUUUGAUGAAUUUGUAAAUCCGGCAGCUAAGGUCAGCAGGCGUUUGGCCGACUACCAUCUGUUACAGUCAUUUGAACCCUUUUAUCUCAAUCUUGAUUCUCCUGUGUAUGUUUAAAACAUGAAAUAUUCGUGUCAUCGUGUUGCUGCAAUAAAAACAUUAGACUCGUAAUUCGGUUCCUCUACGAUCCUCUGCGAUACACCCCAAUUGGAGUGUAUCGCAGAGGAUCGUAGAGGAACCGAAUUACAAGUCAAAUUUUAAUUAGACUGCGAGUAACUGUUGGUAACCGUUUUUGUUUGGAUGAAACCACAGAAGGAUGACGCUGAUUUUUAUUAGAAAUAUAAUGUGGGGAUACCUUUUGACGUCCAUUGUCGUUUUUGGGAUCUUUUUUAACCACACGAAGAAUGUAUUUGAUUUCUAGUAUCGGUAUUAUGUAUUUUGUCAAUAUGUGUGUGCAUUAUAAAGUAGAUGAAUGGAGUGACCGAAAAAAGAAAAAUAUAUCGUGGUUUAUCCGAUGAAGUUCGAGUGUUUCCGAGCGUACUCGGUGACAGGUAAACAGUGGGUAGUCCCCGAGCGUACUCGGUGACAGGUAAACAGUGUGUAGUCCCAAUGUCCUUGUAUUCUGAAUGUGGUCGGUAUGGUAACCUACACAUUGCUAUGUGUUACUAGCUGCCCUAUAUAUGCCAACUAUCUAACAUUUGUCUUAUUUAGUUUACAGCUACAUUGUCCUAUUAUAAAAAAUGAUAGAUUGAUCAUGUUGAAAUAAAUGUUGUUA